AUGGACCCACCUCUCUCUCGAUCAUUCUGGGUAACUGAUCUACUUGUUAUCCCUUUCCUACCUCUCGUUAUACCUGCUGCACCUCCUAAUCUUAUCUUCAACUCAGUCUCUCAUAUUCCCGCCAGUUACCCUCGCAUCACUGAUCUCCAUUUCGCAAUCGUAUAUGCUCAGUCGACCUCGCCUCUUGCACCCACAGACCUAAACCCACAGCCGUUGCAGAGAGGCGGUGGGAUCGAAUACCUCGCUGAAUCAAGCAAGAGUCGGAGAUCCAAAGCGAUAGGCGUGGUCAACAAGAUAGGUAGAGCUUUAUCGAUCACCAAAUCGAAAGAUAGAAGAUCGUCUAUCAAUGAGGUACGACCUCUAAUAAACCCCUCCUAUCAAGGACAUCCGGCUACAUCAGGUGUGAUGUACAGACCUAAACCGCUUCGACCUCACUUUACUGGUCCGAUCAUGAUGCCUUUGCGGGAUGAUGAGUGGAUUAUUACAGAUAGGCGGAGAGGGGCUCGUCCACCAAUCCCACUUCGAUCGCAUCAACUGUCCCACCCCCAACCAUCCACCCAAUCAGGAGCGAAUACAUUGUACGACUCACGAUGGAAUCAAUCUCGACAUGCUCUUUCAGUGUUCGAGAUGUCCAGCUCACCCACUUCCGAUUCCAAUAGAGUGCACGUUCAUCCAAAUGGAGAACGUGACGUGUUUCAACAGCCUUCUCGACCUGGCUUAUCAAUGCCAACAACUCCCAAGCCUAUUCGCAAUGAUCAGUUUCACCCUCGCGAAAACGUCAGCGCGACAGAAGUAGUAACUUCCAACCGACCAUUACCCGUCAUUCCAAAAGAUACGGUCACUCCCCAAAGACGAAGUAAGCGUAAACCCGUUCCAGUCACAUCAUCAUUCUUCAAUGAAUCAUUCGAAUCUUUGAUCGAGAAGACUACCCCUACAAGUGUAGAAGAGAGUUGGAAACCACUCAAAAUCGUUCGUCGACCUAGUUCAAUCAUGUUGGAGGCACGAAUCAAGGAGAUCCAGGCGAAGGAUACGAUACAUGACCCUCCUACACCCAAAUUCGGUCAAUCCCUUCCUUGCCCUUCUCCUACACCGUCGUCUGAGUCUUCCACGGUAGAUCUACAGACUUUCGGAGACCCAUUGAUUGACGUUCUCCCAGAGACAUCGUUCGAAAUAGGACAAGAUAAUUUGUUUGACGAAGUUCUGACAAGUUGGAACCUACCUCCGUUAUCCAGAUCCAAUUCUCUGGUCUUGGAUAAAAUACAUCCUUCAACGAAACCAGAUAGGAAGAAAGAAGAAGAUCGAUUAUCACGAUCUACUGGGAAGCUAAAUUUAGUAUCACGAGGGUACCGAGAGAGAGACGCCGAAAUCAGACCCGUACCGACCUUUUAUCCCUCUGGAAGAAGUUUUGAGCCUAUACGUGCCACGAAGUCGAGUGAUAUGCUCAGGACAAUCCAGUAUAGUAAUGCAGCAGACUCGAGGGAGGAGUCAAAGGAUCAAAGGGAAGUUGGUGGGAGAGUCAAGAAGGCUGUAGAGGUACUUGAAGGUCGAAGAGAUCCGAGUGAAAGUCCUCCGACACCUUGGAAAGAAAUGGCCAAGCUGUUGCGACCUAAAAAGUCAGAUUCUUCGAUUGGGCUACAAGAGGAAACUCGACAAAUGAGGAAGUCAGCGUGCUUGUCAGAGGCGAGGGAGAGAAUGUCAAAACCGAAGACGAAAUCGCGAUUCAUGACCAGAUAA